AGUUGCUUGCAGCUUACAGCCCAUGCAUGCUGGGAUUUUAUAACUUCACUGAGACUUUCCGUCUGCCUCCUGUUUGAAUAUAGGUUCCUAUCUCUUGAUUGGAUGGACAUCUCUAUGGAUCCAGGCUCUGUUUCAAUCAGAAAACUGAACCAUCAGCUCUCAGCAAUGAAAAUUUUCAGUCAGCUUUGGAUCUACCGAAGGCUCCUACUGAUUCUCUUCACUCCACUGCUUUUACUUCCACUGCCUCUCAUCAUUCGAACCAAAGAAGCAGAAUGUGCCUACACGCUGUUUGUAGUUGCGAUCUUUUGGCUCACAGAAGCUCUGCCACUGGGUGUUUCAGCUUUACUUCCUGCCUUAAUGUUCCCAAUGUUUGGUAUUAUGGCAUCCAAGGAGGUGGCAGCUGCUUAUUUCAAAGAUUUUCAUUUGCUAUUAAUUGGAGUAAUUUGUUUGGCCACAUCAAUAGAAAAAUGGAAUUUGCACAAGAGAAUUGCUUUGAAAAUGGUGAUGAUAGUAGGUGUGAACCCUGCAUGGCUUACGCUGGGCUUCAUGAUGAGCUGUGGCUUCUUGUCUAUGUGGCUUAGCAACACCUCUACUGCUGCUAUGGUGAUGCCAAUUGUAGAGGCUGUAGCUCAGCAGAUCAUGGGUGCUGAAGCAGAAGUCGAUGCGUUAGAGAUGAAUUUGGCAACUGGAUCCACCAAUGAGGCAUUGGAACUUGAUGAAAGUGUUAGUGAAUGUGAAGCUAGUGACUGGAAAGAGAAAACAAAAGAAAUUAAUGGAUACAUCAAUGGUGAGGGUCACACUGAGCGCGAGAUUGAAAAGGAAAAGACUCUGCCCCCAGCUGAGACAGGAAGAAAAUACAGAAACCAGAAAGACCACAUGAUGUGCAAAGUGAUGUGCUUGUGUAUUGCUUAUUCUUCUACCAUUGGAGGGCUGACUACAAUCACAGGAACAUCAACAAAUUUGAUUUUUGCUGAGCAGUUCAAUACACGCUACCCAGAUUGCCAGUGCAUCAAUUUUGGAUCCUGGUUUAUACUCUGCAUCCCCAUCACUAUUAUCAUUAUGUUGCUCUCCUGGGUCUGGCUCCAGUGGCUUUUCCUUGGUUUCAAUUUCAAAGAAAUGUUCCGAUGUGGCAAGGAAAAAACAGCCAGAGAACAGGCCUCAGCACAGGUGAUUAAAGAGGAGUACACAAAACUUGGACAAAUGAGCUACCCAGAAAUCAUUACCCUUGUCCUGUUCAUUUUAAUGGCCCUCUUGUGGUUUACCAGAGAACCUGGAUUCAUCCCUGGAUGGUCUUCUCUUUUUCCUCAAUACCCAGGCUUUGCUACAGAUUCAACAGUUGCCUUAUUAAUUGGCCUCCUCUUCUUCAUUAUUCCAGCAAAAACUUUGUCUAGGACUUCAAAUGGAGAAAACACUAUUUUUGAUUACACUCCUCUGAUUACUUGGAAGGAAUUUCAGUCAUGCAUGCCCUGGGAGAUAACGCUUCUUGUUGGUGGAGGUUUUGCACUGGCAGAGGGGUGUGAGGUUUCAAAACUAUCAGCUUGGAUAGGAAGCAAAUUAACCCCUCUGGGAUCAUUACCGAUGUGGCUGAUUAUCCUAAUAUCAUCUCUGAUUGUCACCUCAGUAACAGAAGUGGCCAGCAAUCCAGCUACCAUCACUAUAUUCUUGCCUAUACUAUCACCUUUGGCUGAAGCUAUUCAUGUGAACCCACUUUAUAUUUUGAUACCGACUACACUGUGUACUUCAUUUGCUUUCCUGCUUCCUGUAGCAAAUCCACCCAAUGCCAUUGUAUUUUCAUAUGGUCAUUUGAAAGUUAUUGACAUGGUGAAAGCUGGCUUGGGUGUUAAUAUCAUCGGAGUUGCUGUAGUUAUGCUUGCUGUCACAACAUGGGCAGUGCCCCUGUUUAAUCUUCAAACAUAUCCAAGUUGGGCACCAGAUCUUUCCACUGUGAAUAACACAGGGCCGUAAAACUAACUGGCAAGGUUUUUGUGGGUUUUUUUACUCUUAUUUGGUGAGUUAGUAGAAAUGCAAAAUACACCACAAUAAUCAUAGUGAUCCAUGUUACUUUGAAGUCCAUAUUUCCCAGUUCCAGAGAUUGAUGAUCUGCUGCUCCUAAUCAGGAAUAAUGUUAUCUAAAUAUGGACUUUGCAAACACCAUGAAGCUUGAAUGUGUUUCUUAUCCAGGUCGUCUUAUUCAGAUUUUACUUGUACAUGUUGUUGAGUACCAUCUGUGAAUGUGCACAUUCUUUAUGAAUGACAAUUUGGCCCUGUUCUUAGGGUCGUAAAAUAACAGGAGCUAUCUAUUUUAACAUUUUAAAUGCUGUAGGAACAUUUGCUGUUGGUCUGUAGAACACACUGUAUUUUUGGUUGUUGGGGUUUGUUUGUUUUUUUCAAGUCAUAAAAUUUUAGAUGAUGAUGAUGAUUACAAAUGAAAGGUCAGGUUGGGGAUUGUCUGAACA